GAGUGGCAGCCUUAUUUUUGCUCAGUGGACAGCCACCGCGUCCACGGCCCCUCGUCCUGCCGCUUUGCCUGGAACUAAGCCUGCUUUUAGGAAUAACACACCCUUUCAUUGAUUAUUUUCCACUGUUGUUGACUGCUGACCUCUGCCUUGUGAGCCGGUAAAGUAAAGGACGGCCAGUGUAAGUUGGCGGGAUGUCGGGAUCAAUACAAGCGGUGCAGAAGCAGCAUCUGCACCAGCAGCAGGAGAAGCAGCAGCAGCAGCAUCAUCACUAUGAGAGCAGCUAUUACCUGAGCACCAAGUCGUCUGUUAGCCAGCAGGCUUUCUCCGCCUCCACGACCACGACCACCAGCCGUCGCCAGAAGAAGUCUGUGAAGGUCGAGAAAGGGCAGGAGGGGGUCAAACUGAGCUCCAUACCCAAGACAGCCAAGGGCAGCUACCUGGCCAUGGACAAGGACAAAGAGGUCAUAGGUUACGUUGUUCCUGUGUUCAGAGCCAACCACGACACAGUCCGGGGUCUGAUGGAGGCCCAGGAAGACGAGGUCGCAGAGGAGGGGAUCAACUACGUGGCCAUGAGGAACCUAUUUGUCAGGGAGGCUGUGGAGGUCAAGGUGGAGAAGAAAACCCGAACCAGGAACGUCAGGGAAUCUGCAGACCGCCUGGAGCUGGGGAAGACGAUGGAGGAAUGGUCCGAAUUCCGUAAGAAAAUGAACCCGGACAGCCUGACACACCCUCCAGAGUUCAUCGUGAAGCCGCGUGGACAGACCGUGCUGGAGGGGAAGACCGUCAAGCUGCACUGCACUGUGGCCGGAUGGCCCAAACCCAGGAUCGCCUGGUACAAAAACAACGUGCUCAUCGACGCCAAAGCCCACCCUGAGAAGUACACCGCAGAGAGCAGUUACAACAUGCACUCCCUGGAGAUCAAGAACUGUGAUUUCUUGGACACUGCUCAGUACUGCGCCUCCGCUCUGAACGUGAAGGGCGAGGCUUCUUCUGUGGCCACUGUUGUUGUCAAAAGAUUUCAGGAGGGCGAGGAAGCAGGCCCGCUUGAUCCUAAACCACAUGGUUUCUGCCCAGAGUAUGGAGUCACCUUUGAAACCACCAUCAUCGACAAGUUUGACGUCGCCUUUGGCUGCGAGGGCGAGACGCUGAGUCUGGGCUGCACCGUGGUCAUUUAUCCCACCGUGAAGAAGUACCAGCCUGAGGUCGUGUGGUACCGAGACUCUGUGCCCCUGAAGCCCUCAAAGUGGGUGCACCACCACUGGUCCGGAGAGCGGGCCAUCCUCACCCUGACCCACCUGAACAAGGAAGACGAGGGCAUGUACACGCUCCGCGUCAACACCAAGUCCGGCUUCGAAACCCACUCUGCCUACGUCUUUGUCCGAGAUGCUGAGGUGGAGUUAGAGGGGGUUCCCGUGGCCCCCCUGGACGUGCGCUGUCAUGAUGCCAAUAAGGAUUAUGUGGUGGUGACCUGGAAGCAGCCAGCGGUGGAGGGCAGCAGCCCCAUCCUCGGAUAUUACAUCGACAGGUGUGAAGUGGGCGCUCAUCACUGGGCUCAGUGCAACGACGCUCCAGUCAAGUACGCCCGCUUCCCCGUCACCGGCUUGGUUGAAGGCCGCUCCUACAUGUUCCGGGUGCGCGCCUUGAACUCGGCGGGGGUCAGCCGUCCGUCCCGCGUCUCCGAGGCGGUGGUCGCCAUGGACCCCUCCGACAGAGCUCGACUCAGAGCUGGACCUUCAGCCCCCUGGACCGGGAUGAUCAAGUUCACAGAGGAAGACUCCACUGUGGGAAUCGUACCUGGAGAGCCAACUGAUGUUGUGGUUACCGAGGCAACCAAGAGCUAUGUGGUGCUGGCCUGGAAGCCCCCGGUUCAGAGGGGUCACGAGGGGGUCAUGUACUUCAUAGAGAAGCGUAUUUCAGGAUCGGACGCCUGGCAGAGGGUGAACACGGGAAUGCCGGUCAAGUCUCCGCGCUACGCCCUCUUUGACCUCUCAGAGGGUAAAUCCUACAGCUUCCGCGUUCGCUCCUGCAACUCCUCCGGCGUGGGCGGGCCUUCUGAGCCGACGGAGGAGGUCACCGUCGGGGACAUCCUCGACCUGCCGUCAGCCCCUGGAGCGCCGGUGGUCAUCAGGAACACAGGCACCUCGGUGGUGGUCACAUGGAAGGCCUCCAAGGAUGUCAAACACUUAGCUGGCUACUAUAUUGAAAGCAGUGUGGUGGGGACUGACGUGUGGACGGCUUGCAACAAUAAACCUGUCAAGCAGACCAGGUUUGUGUGCCACGGCCUCAUCACGGGGUACAACUACGUGUUCAGGGUGAAGGCGGUGAACGCCGCCGGAUACAGCCAGAGCUCCCCUCAUUCUGAUGCUGUGGUCGUGCAGCCCGCCAUCUCCGUCCCCGGACAGCCCACCGGGGUCACCCUGCUGGAGGCUCUGAAGGACUACAUGGUGUUGGGUUGGACCCCGCCUGCCGACAACGGGGGAGCUGAUGUUCGGGGCUAUUUUGUGGACUACAGAACCGUCAAAGGAGGAGUGUUGGGACAAUGGCACGAAAUGAACCACCAGGCCCUGACCGCAGCCUCCUAUAAGGCUGAGAACCUGAAGGAAAACGUCUUUUAUCAGUUCAGAGUGCGAGCCGUGAACAUGGCAGGCGUGAGCAAACCUUCCCUUCCCAGUGCAAGCCUGGAGUGCAAGGAGUGGACCAUCACAGUCCCAGGUGUUCCUGUUGGUCUUCGUGUGCUGGAGGUUCGCGACACCUCCGCCGUUGUUCUGUGGGACCGCCCCCUGUUCGACGGCCGCAGUCCCGUCAACGGCUACUACCUGGACCUGAAGGUGGCGUCGGAGGGGGAGGGAGGCUGGAAGGCGGCUCACGAGAAGACCAACAAAAGCAAAUACAUGAAGGUGACCCAGCUGACGGCCGGAGCAUCGUACGUCUUUCGUGUGCGCGCUCAAAAUCUGGCUGGAGUUGGAAAGCCUUCAGCAGUUUUAGGUCCGAUUGUAGCUCAGACACGCCCUGGCACCAAAGAGAUUUAUGUGGAUGUGGACGGCGACGGCAGGAUUUCUAUGGUCUUCGAAUGCUCUGAGAUGACGGAAGGCUCAGAGUUUAUUUGGUCCAAGAACUAUCAGGCAAUGACGGACACGUCUCGCCUGACCAUCUGCAACGAGAAGGGCAGAUCCAGAGCGACCUUCAACAGCCCGUCCCUGGAGGAUCUCGGCACCUUCUCCUGCAUGGUCACCAACACCGACGGCAUCUCCUCAAGCUACACUCUCACUGAGGAGGGUCUCCUGCGUCUUUUGGACCUUAGUCAUGAACACAAGUUCCCCGUGAUUCCCUUCAAGAGUGAGAUGGCCAUGGAGCUGCUUGAGAAGGGCCGCGUGCGCUUCUGGACUCAGCUUGAGAAGUUUACCUCUGCCUGCCAAGUGGAGUACGUCUUCAACGAUGCAAUCAUCGAAGACGGGGAGAAAUACAGCAUGAACUUCAACAAAUCCACGGGCGUCAUUGAGAUGUUCAUGGACUCUCUGGAGGUGACAGACGAGGGCACCUUCACCUUUAACCUGGUGGAUGGAAAAGCGAAAGGCACUACCAGCCUUGUGCUGAUUGGAGAAGAAUUUAAGGAGCUUCAAAGAAAAUCAGAGUUUGAGAGGGCAGAAUGGGUCAGGAAGCAAGGUCCUCACUUUGUGGAGUACCUUAACUUUGCUGUAACACCCGAGUGUGACGUAUUGCUGAAAUGCAAGAUCGGAAAUGUCAAACCUGCAACGGAGAUUGUUUGGUCCAAGGACUGCAUCGAGAUUACAGAGGAGGACGAGGAGGCGAAGAAAAUUGAGAAACAGGACGAAGAGCUGCUGUUCAAUAUCGGAAAGUGGGUUAUUAAGCAAGAGAAAAAGAAAGAAAAAGAGCGGAAAAAACCAUCGGCAGAGGACGCUCAUCGACCGCCGAGACCUAAAAUAUCAAAAACAGACAUGGGGGUUUAUGAUGUCUUCCUGAAGGAUGAGAGGGGCAAAGAUAAGAGCUCCUUCAAUCUGACAGAUGCAGGAUACCAAGCUGUUAUGAAUGAGCUGUUCAGGGUCAUCGCUAACUCCUCCAGUGAGGUCCAAGUGGUCAGCACUGAAAACGGCAUCAUUUUGUCCUCCAGCGUCACAUACUAUGAUGAGAACCUGCGUGUCGGAUGGCUUCACAAAGAUGCCAAGAUUGCAGCUUCAGAGAGAGUAAAGUCUGGAGUCACAGGCGAGCAGCUUUGGCUGAAGAUCAGCGAACCCACUGAGAAGGACAAAGGAAAAUACACCAUGGAUAUUUUUGAUGGCAAGGACGGCGUGAAGAGAGUCUUUGACCUCACUGGAAAAGCUUGGGAUGAAGCUUUUGAAGAAUUCCAAAGACUUAAGGCUGCAGCCAUUGCAGAGAGAAACCGUGCUCGUGUUGUUGGAGGUUUGCCAGAUGUGGUUGCAAUCCAAGAGGGCAAGUCCCUGAACCUGACUGGGAAUGUGUGGGGCGAGCCCACACCAGAGGUUUGCUGGACGAAGAACGACAAGGAGCUCGUUUCCGACGAGCGCUACAAACUCAAGUUCGAGCACGGCAAGUUCGCCAGCAUCACAAUCGCGGCGGUCACCACGGCCGACUCUGGCAAAUACGCUCUGGUGGUCAAGAACAAGUUUGGCAAGGAGGCCGGCGAGUUCACCGUGAGCGUGUACAACCCAGAGGAAGAGGAGAGCAAGGAGGACAAGAAGUGAAGGAAAGGAGAUCAGUGAAGAAGAUGUCUCCAAAGCAUUUCCUCCUGCAGUCCAGCAGUUCAAUAAAUGCUCCUCUCAGCUGUU